GCAGGUCCGUCUUGAACUCAGGACCUGUCCUGCCUCUGUGUGUCACUCCCGUGUUGACAGUUGCUGCUCUCUGCCUGGACAUCUUCACCUUCCUCCUUCCUGUCUGAACAAGUUUUAGGAUUAUUCCUCUGAACUGACAGUAAACAUAUCACAUGUGCAGUAUGGAGGAAAUAUAUCACAUCUAUGGUAAUCUUAAAAAUAUUUACCGUUAACUGACAAUGACAGUGCAGAAUCCUGUAUUUACCUGCCUCAGUGUUGUUAAUCUUCCUGGCUCAGAAUCUGGACUGUAGUUGAAGCACAGAGGAGACGCAGGAACUUGGGUCUUGUAGUUGUAGCAAAAAACUACAAGCAGCCUAAAGUGCUCAAACAUGGCACUGUACUUUCACAGCUAACCUGCUAACUGCGAACUAACUAGCCAACUCUGUUCUGGUCGCUAGCUCACCUCUCCCACUCACACGCUCUCUCUCUCUACCUACACAACCUACGUACUGAGGGGAAGAGCAAGUGAUUUAUUUAUAUUCAGAAGGCAGACAUGACCAUAUAUCUGGGCUUCCUCGAGUUCACCUGGACCUCUACAACCACAGGUUUCUGGUGGGGGCACCAGUCCGCUGCUCUGCCAGCCUCCUCGGUCCAGGUGAGAGUAGGGGAGGAUGCCACCCUACCGUGCCCCCUGCUGGACAAUGCCACCACGGCUGCCCCACCUGCCUACUCCACUCUAAGCUGGUACAGGAAGGUGACAGGAGGGAGUCCUCAACUGCUCCUCACCAUCAGGUCUACCAACAGCUCUAAUGUGACAUUCGGCUCUGGUGUCGGUCCUGAUAAAGUCUCUGCUACAGCCGACGGCUCUCUGCUGCUGCGACGCUCCGAGCACAGCGACUCUGCAGUUUAUUACUGUGGGAUCAGUCAGGGAAAGGAGCCCAAGAACAAAUCAGCAGGGACUCAGAGACUCACAGAGACAUGAUCUGAAUUUAGACCUGGUUCCUGGUCUACUAGUCCAGACUGAGCAGAUUUUACUUUGACUUCCAUUUUAGGAUUUAGAGUCUCAGCUUUAGAUGGUUUCUGUUGCAGACUAGCUUUGAUUUUUCUGAUUGUGUUUUAAAACUUAUUUCAGAUUAUAGGACUAUGAAUCUGGUCAACUGACUGAAUGAACAGAAAACUAUAAAUACCUGUGCGAUUACAAAUAAUUCAAUAAAUGUAUCGUUAAUUAGUUUAUUAAACAAGUUUGUUCAGUU